AUGCUUUUGUUGAGAGCAUGGUUAUUUUCGAUUCUUGUAUUCGGAAUAUGUUCGACAGCAACUAAACAAGUUUCGAAAAUUGAGAGACAGUCGGCAUACUCGGCUCUCCAGCAAACAGUCGAAAACUUCUCAUCCCUUUCACGUCUUGUCAAUGCAAUUUCCCUCCAACAAGCACUGCUCGAUGGAUCUGCAAAGCCGAAUGACGUCAUCGCUGAGCUUCUUGAUAUCGAGUCCGGAGACGCUGUUGCAAAAUUGAUUGGAACUGAGAUUGACGCGAGCAAGAUCAGAGGAAAUCUCGAUAAGACUUAUGAGCACGUGAGCAAACUUAAGGAUAAUCCUGUGAAAGAUUCAUCAAAAGUUCGGGAAGCGAUUCUUAAUUUAGAGUUCAUGAAAACUCGAGUUGAUGAUUUAGAGAAGGUGGUCGACGUUCCGGAUUUAACCACGAAGGCAAAAUAUUAUGUUUCUUCAAUUUCUGGAAAUGUGGAUUUUCUCAAAAUUGGAACAUUCAAAAAUGUGUUGAAUAAUUUGAACUCUCUGAAAAACAAUACUCUUGAUUCGAAAAAUGCUAGAGCAAGUGCAGGGGCCAUAACUGCUUUUGAUCAAUUAUCCAUUGAUUUAUCAUCAUUUCAAAAUGAAUUUUCGGAUAUUACAAAUCAUGAGUCAAAUCUGAAGAAUUUUUAUGCUCAAAAAGAUUUCUAUAAAGUUUUUGAUCCUAUUUUUGCUAAAAGCCAAGAAGGGAAAAAGUAUGAGAGUUCUUUCGAGGCAUUAACUAAUCUUCAGUCAACUUUGAAAGCCGUUCAAAAAGAUUCAAAAGUUUUAAUACCAAUUAUGAAGGAGCAUAAUACAUAUCUCAAUACUGCCCAGUCAAUUGAAAAACUUGUUCUUUUCUUAGGUACUCUGGCUAAUGAGAGAAAAACUUCAAAGUUAUAUUCCUUGGGAUUUCCUCAUGGAGUUAGUGAUAUUCUGCAGAUUCAAGAGAAUUUGAAAAGUGAAUGGCUUAAGAAUACAUUAGCUGAAGGUGGCGAUAUGUCCAAACUUUCAACAUCGUUGGAUUUUGUUGCAAAAAUUGGUGAAUUGGCUAAGGGUUACGUCGAAAAUUGGAAAAAGCUUCAAAGUCUUUCAGACCCUUCCACAAAAGUAGCUAAUUUUAGUAUGCUGUUUAAAAGUAUAUCGUCAGCUGGAAAAAUCCUUGCCGGUAAUACUGACGUAGGAAACUCGAUUGACACGCUCACCAAAAGCGUUAAGGAUUUAAAGCCUAUCAAAGGAUCUCCCAUGUUCAGUGAUUUUGAGAAAAUUUACAACAAUGUGAAAGAAGUGGGUGAUGGAGCGGCUUUCGUUGAGAAAACAUAUAAAAGUGUAUUAUCCGGUGAGCACAAGGAUGUAGUAUCAAUUGUCCAGUCUUUGAGAUCAGCAUUAUCAGGUGCUCAAGCCCUUACAGUUGCGGAUGAAAUUUUUGAAAGGGUUAAGAAGGUUAGAGAAAUUAAAGAUUUUGACAAGCUCCUAUCUUUUAUCAAUGCAUCAAUGCAGUUGUUAGCAAGAUAAAACCAGAGUUCUCCGCUCGAUUAACCGAAAUCUCAAAGACCACUUACAACUGGGAUUCUAUUGCUUCUGUUCAUAAUAGUCUGUCUGACACAGGAUUGGUAGAUGCAUUGAAAAGUUUGAAAAGUGCGAAUCCUGAUGCAAGCAAAAUUGAGAAAAUGCUGGAGUUUGGACUGAAUGUUCGGGAAAUCAAGAAAGACGAAGUUCAGAGUGUGAAGGGUAUAGUGGAAUCGACUGAAAAGUUGAAAACAAGUCUGACAGCCAUGAAAGAAGCGAUGGAUCGUAAAGGUGCAACAUCAAAAUCUAAGAGAGCAGUAGCUUUAAAAAAAAUGGAAAACUCUCAGUCUUUGAUGAAAGAGUUUGCAACUGGAAUAAAUGCUCUGAGGAAGUUGUCUGAUGUAUUGGCUAAACAAGUUGUGGUGUCAACUGCUGCAGAUUCACCAAAUGAAGUUAACAAUCUGAUAGCUGGUUUACCGGAAAUGCAGUCAUCCUGGAUCCAGGAAAAUCGAGACGGAAUGAAAAAGUUGUUGGAUGAUUUGACGAAGCUGGAUAAGUAUGCAAAGGACCACAGCAGUGAUAAGGAUCUCAUUAAAUAUGGAUCAAUACUCUCGAAGGCUUCUGAGAUAACAGGAGUUCCCAUUGAUACUUCGCUCAUCGGAAAAUCAGUUGUUCCAGCUCUUCAAGCAUCUCAGAAUUCUAAGAUAAAAGGAGCAACACCUACAUUCACAGAGCUGAGCCAGCUGGAACUUGACUAUUCCAAACACAGUGUCAGUAUCAAGGCAGCUUUCUUGAGUUUGGUGCCAAUCCGCAAGUACUUUGAUGAUGUCUUCGGAAUUCAGAGGGAUCCCUCAGGAGCAGUUGGUGCUCAUAGUAACGGAAUCUCGUUGAAAACCUUGAUGCUCAUUUGUGGAGGUGCCCUUGGUGCCAUUCUGAUUGUAGUGGCUGGUGUGCUCCUUUUCUUGAAAAUCCGCAAGUAUAGACAGUACUCAAAGCUUCUUCAUGAUCCAGAAUAUUGGGUGCUUCUAUCUUAUACCAGGGAGACUGAGCCAGUAGAUUUCGGAAGUGGUACCUGUAUUCCAGCCUACAUUCAUAUUCUGAGAAACAACUAUGGUGCAUUCAAAAAGUGUCUGAAGAACGGAGCAUAUGUGAAUGCAAAAGUCCAAAGUCACAAGCAAUCAAAUACAAUGCUUCAUGAGUGUGUAGCCCAAGGAAAGACAAAAUACAUUGAGACAUUGAUCAAGUACGGUGCAACUACUAAAAUAUUGAACCAUGAAGGGGAAACACCGUAUGACAUAGCAAAGAGGAUGAAGAAGACGAAAUGUUUGAAGAUAUUCAAGAAGUAUGAGGGCAAAUCGUAUAGAAUUGUGCUCCCCGAGCCAGUGUCGAAGCAUGACUAUUUGAUUGAAGUGGAGAAGGCGAUUCCAGCCGAAGAGCAUUACAAUGCAGAUUUCUUUCGAAAGUUUCCGCAAUACGUACUUCCCGAUAAAAAGAGGCCGACUCAUUAUGUGGCGAAGACUGAUGAGAACAAUGUUUUGCACGUCCGGGAAUACCAUCUUCAACAUAUCUUCAACGCUUCCAUGAUCAUGGGACAUCGUUGGCUCAAGGCAUGUAUCGAUAAGUCUUCUACUAUCACUGACAAUAUGAAGUUCCGUGUCACCAAGAUGCUCUUCCAAGGCAAAGAGUAUAAAGCUCUGAUUGAGAUCAAAAAUUUCAUCAAUCGAAUGAAUGUUCCGUACCUUAUGAAUUCGGGUGUUUCGUAUAACGAGUUUGUCAUCAAGCCGGAAUGGGCCACGCUGCGCAUUGUUUGUUCUCAACUUGGAGUUUACGAUGGAACAGGAGACUUUCCGGCAACAAAUCCAAAGGAAGGACCGUCAUAUCAUCGUGAGGAAAAACCGAAAAACAUUUUCUUGUACCGUCCGCGGAGUUGGGAUCAGGUCCGAUUGAACUUCAAGCAAGUGUGGCUCGAGAAUCCGAAAUUUUUCUUCAUGAGCACGGACAAGUUUACCCAUUUCCUGCUCGGUUUCAAGAUCACUACGGAGAAUGUUUUGAAAUAUGAAAAGUAUGGUAAAAACAGAUCUGCACUCAAAAACAAGAAGACGCUUACGAAGGAAGAUGAGAGUACUUCAAGUCAACCCGAGUUGAGCAACACUGCUGGCUCUCAAGUUAAUACACUGACCGUGACUGGAUCUGCCGCAACGCCGCCGACCAAAUAG